AUGGCGAAAGCGACAAAAUGUACCGAUGGCUUAGCACAACGUUGUUUACCAAAUACAUCAACUGCAUCCGCUACUUCCACCAACGACUUUAAUAAACCAUGGUUUUUAUUGCCAAAACGUAAUACUGGUAGAGGGGCUCGUCCAAAAAAAGAGUUUAUUUGUAAAUUUUGUAAUCGGCAUUUCACCAAAUCAUAUAAUUUAUUAAUACAUGAACGUACGCAUACCGACGAACGACCAUAUGAAUGUGAUAUUUGUGGCAAAGCCUUUCGUCGACAAGAUCAUCUACGAGACCACAGAUUUAUUCAUUCGAAGGAUAAACCAUUCAAAUGUGAUAUAUGCCAGAAAGGAUUCUGUCAAUCACGCACGCUUCAAGUUCAUCGAAUUUCACAUAGCAAUUCAUUAGAUGGAGAACAGAGAAGAUCACGAAAAGUUCAAAAUAACGCCAUGAAUUCCCAAUUAGAUAAUAAUGUUCAGAAUGAACAAAAUGGUACUGUCAGGAAGAACAUGGUUUUCACCAGUCGUGUUACAAAGUCAUCAGGACUAGGAAACAUUUCAACCGCCACCUCAUCAUCAUGA